AGGCAGUAUUAGAGUGACUGAAAGAAUCCACAGAAAAAAACAACAUAGAAUAGGUAAAAGGUUUGGGUGUUGGGAAAAAGGUCAAGAAUGUUGGGCCAUCUCGAAGCCAGUUAGGAUCACGAGCAGGGUAAAGCAUCACAAGAUCUGGACCUACAUCAGAGACAAUGUGAGGCAAUGACACUGGUCUCUGUGUUUUAGCUCUGUACACCUCUUCCCUUGCCUCCACUUGGGAAAUAUCAAAUCUCUAUCAACUAUCUAUCGUCCCUUAUUCUCCUGUGUCCAUAACUCACAUUAAUCAACAUAUGCUCACACAGGAUGCCACAUCAGGGAUCUUUUACGAAGUCAAGAAGACAGAGGGAGAAGGACGCCUCCAGUUUCUCCCUAUCAUCGAAUACCCCUCGGUUCUCAGCGACGUCAGGCUCGGAAGGAAAGUAAUCGUCGACUUCGAUCUGGUCACGACCUCCUAUAACAGCAAACAUUUUUCUGCCGAAGGUAGCUGUCCAUAUUACUUAGGGAGGGAAACUGCAGCCACAGAGUCACUGGGAAUGAUCAGCCAGAAGGACAACCCAAUUCUUCUUGCUCUUAACAGAAGGAUUCUGAGCAUGAACGAGGCGGGUCUCUUCCAACUGUGGUUUCAAAAUGCUAGGCCCAACGCCACGGCCUGCACGUCUUCCCCCACCAAGGUCACCGUCAGUGCCUCCUUCUCCCUCACCAACAUCUGGGUACGAGGCGCGGCCCACACUUUAAUCUUAGUGAAAGUUGUAUUGUAAAUCAUCCUCUUUUAACUCGCUGAAGGGAUGGUAGGAGGCUGAUGAAAGAGGAUGAGGAAAUACUCGUAACAAACUAAUUACUAUACUAUUGAGAGAAUAAAUACGUAACACUAGUGAAAUACAAGAGAUUAUUCGAGUAACAGACAAAUUUAACAAUAUCAGAGACAGGCUGGAGGCAAUAUUAGUGAGAUGAUACCAACAACAGGCUAAACAAAUAAACAUAUAGACAACAGCUACAGAUAACACUGAAGACAUUCGAGAAAGCGUUGCCUUAACCAGGACUCCCACGCACCGUAAUUUGUAGACAUCCAUAUUCUACGUCUUGACUCGCCUCUGAUCACCGCAGGCCAUGUUCGUGGUGCUGAUUGGUGGACAAGCCCUCGGCCUCCUCUUCCUGUGCCUGGAGGUGCUGCACGCCCGCAUCUGUUUCCAUCCGGACCAGAAAAUUUAAUGCCUGAGUAAUGGUGUCGCAACAACGUCACGCGGUGCUACUUCUCCCACCGAAAAUCUCUCGCGAGCCAAAAUCUUUAGGCCAAAAUUAAUACAUCCAUAUAUAAAUAGAUCAGAAAAGGGAGGGAACACAUUCAUGCUAUAUUGAUGCAUUUGCUUGUAAGUUUAUCAUCAACACCAUAUAUUUACCGCGACGAUAUACUUAAUAAAAAAAAAUAGUUCGUUCGAUGUAUCUCCUUCAUUCCUUAAUAGUUUACGUAACUGUAUAUAUAUUAUUCCAUUAUUCCCUUUACGUAUAAGACCUCAAAAAAUAAAAAAAUAUAUGUACAAACAAAAGUGCCCAGGUGAGUCAGCUAUUGAUCCUGGAGCAAGUUUGGCCCCUACAGCGCUCCUUAUGGCUUCUUGAUUAACAAUGUAGGAACACUCCAUAUUGCAUGCUCCAUCACCUCUCCACCACAAUAAAAGCCUCGGCAACACGUGGCUCGCCCACUCCACAACACAACACUGGCUGAGUGGCGAGGCUUCAUCUCACCCUAUCAUCAAAAAAUGCGCUUGGUCAUCCAAACUCUGCUGAGCCUCCUUCUGUCCGCUGAGUUUGUGUGGAUGAACACCAAAAUACAUCCUUCAGGCAGCUAUGACUGGUUCCACCGCACUGCCAGGGCUUUGGAGGCCGUGUUAUCGCAGACCUCCAACACUGAAAUGACUUUGGUGGCACUCACGGACGGAGGAAUACCGCAUCACAGCAUUGAGCGUAUGCUACAAGCGCUUGAGUCGAGAGGUGUGUGUGUCUUCCAAACGGAAAUGGACGGUGAAAUUACAAACGCAACGCACGCACGCCUAUCACACACCAUCGAACAGGUCAGACAGAUGCGCGUAAGGUCACUGUCAGUCACUAUGGUGGUGGUGAGCCAAAAUCCCGCCUUCCUCGGUGCCUUCGCCGAGCUGUCACUCACGGGCCGCCUUCAGAUGUGGUCCACGAGGGUAAUUAUCCACACCAGCCUGCCUCUCAGCAUGUUGACUGGCCUGCACAAACUCCUCUCCACCAGAAACUGCAUGUUACUACUUGUUAAUGAGCUAUCCCACGCGAACAUCUAUGUCCAGCUUCCGUACACUACUGAGGACAGCCUGCCCAUGAAGGUGGCCACCUGGAAUCCCCGCAAAGGCCUCGUGCUCGCCUCACACCUCACACUCUUCCCUGAAAAGUACCACAGGUUCCCCACAGCCCCACACUUGACAGUUACGGUGGAACUCUUGCCUCACCACACCUUUUCCUGGACCGAAGACCUGGCCGCCCCAGGGGGAAGGCGACUCGUCUUUACGGGGACGAUGGACAAGACCGUCAGAUACUUCUCAAAGGCCAUGAAUUUCACGUACACGUACGUUCGUUCCCCUGAGAAGACUUUCGGCACACGGCUGCCUGACGGGUACUGGACAGGCAUGAUGGGCAUGGUAGUGCGGGAGGAAGCAGAUUUCGGCACGGGGCCUUUCAUACUGAAUAAAGCACGCUAUGACGCGGGGGACGUCACCUCCACUAUCUGGAUGGACAACAUGAGGAUUGUGAGUGGCAUGGGAAGCCCCGAGGUGGAUCCCUGGGGCUUUCUGUUCCCCCUGAGGCCCAUGGUGUGGAUGGCCCUCAUCACAGCGCUCUUCGGCAUCAUGGCCGUGACCGAAUUGCUGUCUCUCUUCAGCUUCAAUGUUCACACAACGACGAAAGCCUUCAGUGUGGUGCGCAUCCUCCUGCAGCAAGAUGAGUAUACAUGUGACAAAAAGUGGGCGUGGGAGCGUCUGGUGCUGGGGCUGUGGAUGCUGACGACGCUGGUGCUGACGAAGAGCUACGCCGGCAACCUCAUGUCCCUGCUGGCAGUGAAGUAUGUGCCGCAGCCCUUCCAGACAUUGAGGGACGUGCUGGACAACAAUGAAAUCAUAUCCAUUUGGCAAAGAUACUCCUCUAAUGAACAAUUCCUUCGUGAGGUUCAAUCUGGUAUUUACUACGAGGUGGCAAUGCUAGAAAAGGAGGGGCGCCUUAAAUUCCGCACUCAAGGGGAGUUCCCAGAGAGCCUGCGGACACUGGUGCGACCCGGACACCACAUAUUGAUAGACGCUGGGGUGACUGUCAGGAAUCUCAUAGCGCAGCAGUUCUCCAUGACAGGUCGGUGUGAUUACUUCCGGUCUAAACAUGGAUUCUUGCCCUUCUCGGCAGUGGUGGCAACCCAGCGUAACAAUCCUCUGGUGAUCAGCCUCGAUAAACGAGUACAUGAGCUUAUGGAGUCUGGCCUCUUCCGGUACUGGUUUCGCACUGCCAUUCCCAACUCCAGCACCUGUGACAACCCGCCAAGAAGGUUCCUGGAGACUACACCUCUCGCCGCCACGAAUCUUUGGGGUAUGUUCGUAGUGCUGGCUGGCGGGUUGACAAUGGCCGUCAUAUCCGUGUGUGUGGAAUUCUUUGCUGCCGCUGCUCUGCCUCAACACUGAACUGUAGCACUUCCUCUCUCAUACGUUCAACCAAAUGUAGCUCAAGGCAUCCAACUUAAUAGGCUAUGUAUUUUUGCAUCAUAAAAUGUGUGACUUGUUAACUUGUUAAAGAGUAUGGCCCUAACUUUGUACGUGUAAUUCCAUCCCUGUGAGAGAGGAGAUCCAACUACUGACCAUGAAUCAAAGUUGUGGAUUACUUC